AUGGCUGGCAUCUUCUCUUCAGGUUUCUUCAAUAACCUUCGUGUUGCUGCAGAGAACAGCGCACAAGCUUUCAAGGCUGGCUUGGACACAAAGUUCUUGGAUCCAAAGAAUGUAGAAAAGAUUAUCGAAACAAUCUAUUUGGCAAUCCCAUCAGCAGAAGGUGCUAAAGAAGCUUUAAGAGGUUAUACUCACGCUACCCAUGUUGCAGGCUCAAAUGCUGAUUAUGACUCGGCCAUUCAAGUCUUGCAACAAUGGGGAGAAUCUUUGGGGGCCGAUUUGCCAGAAAACCUGGAAGACCUUGUAUUCGACGCAGGAAGUGAGCAAAGCAUUCAUUACAUGACAUCUACCCGUCAAGAUCACAAGAACAGCGCAAAAUCUGCUCCAAAGAAUCCUCUUGGCCAACCAAGAGCUUGGGUGGACACAUACAACGUCUGGCUCAAUUACCCCGUCUCCUCUUCUUUGACCUUAUCCAAGGAAAACCAAACAGAUCGUCCUUACUACCGUGCUUCGUUGACAGAAGAUGUUUUGCCGAAAGACCCUACCAGUAUCGAUGGUUUACCCACCUUCCAUGGUUACUCUAAAUCAGGAAAAGCUAAGGGUCCAAUCGUCUAUGCUGGAAAAUGUUCAAAAGAAGACUUUGAAGAAUUGGAAAAGAGAAAGGUCAAGAUUGCCGGUGCGAUUACCUUGUGUCAAUAUGGUGGUAGCUUCCGUGGCUUGAAAGUUCGCAUGAGCGCUGAACGUGGAGCUGUUGGAACACUUAUUUACACAGAUCCAAAAGAAGAUGGUCAUGUGACUGAAGCCAACGGCUUUACUGCUUAUCCUGACGGUCCUGCUCGUCAAGCCUCAUCCGUUCAACGUGGUUCGGUUCAAGCUAUUUCCAUUUACAGUGGUGAUCCUUCAACACCCGGAAAACCUUCUUACCGUAACGCAAGUCGAUUGGACCCUGAAGUGGCUGAUUCACUCCCAAAGAUUCCAUCUUUGCCAAUCAGCUACAAAGAUGCAAAGCCAUUCCUUCACUCACUCACAGGUCUUGGUAUUGAAAGUAAAGACUUGCCUUCAUCAUUCGGUGGUGCUGUACCUGGCGUUACUGAAUACUGGACAGGUCCAUCAAAAGAUAUCGUCGAAAUGGAUAAUCAAAUGACUGAUAUCAGUAAAACAAAAGAUAUCUGGAACACCUAUGCAUUGAUCCCGGGAGUUUUGGAAGAUGAAGUUGUCAUCUUGAGCAAUCACCGUGAUGCUUGGACAUUCGGUGCAGGUGAUCCUAAUUCAGGAACAGCAAUGUUGCACGAAUUGGUGAAAGGAUUGGGUGUCUUGGUCAAAAGAGGUUGGAGACCACUUCGUACGAUCUUGAUCGCAAGCUGGGACGCAGAAGAAUAUGGUCUCGUCGGCUCUACCGAAGCUGCAGAAGAUUAUGCAGACUUCUUCAAAGAGAAAGCAACGAUCUUUUUGAACUGUGAUGUUGCCGUUCGUGGUAGUCAAUUGGCCGCUAAAGCAUCACCUUCGUUGCGUGAUUAUAUCAUUCAAGCUGCCAGUGAGAUCGCCGAUCCAAGCGGAAACGGAACAACGAUCAAGUUGACAGACGUUGGCGCUUUAGGAUCAGGUUCGGAUUACACAGCUUACUUGCAACAUUUGGGUAUCGCAAGUGUGGACUCUGGCUUUGAUCGUGCGGACACAGACCCUGUCUACCAUUAUCAUUCCAAUUAUGAUUCUUUCUACUGGAUGAGCGAAUUUGGCGAUAAAGGAUAUGCUCGUCAUCAUGCUGCAGCACAAUAUGUUGGCUUGUUGGCACUGCGUGCAAGUCAAGGUCUCUUCUUGCCUUUCAACGUGACUGCCUAUGCUGAAACCUUGUCUACUUACUUAGACAAAGUACGAAAGGUGUCCUCCGAUCGUUUCGACCUCUCUAAGCUAGAAGAAGCAAUCGAAAAGGUUCAAAGAUCUGCACGCUCAUUCGAUGCAGAAAAGCAAGAUGUUCAAAACCGUCUUGAUGAAAUCUUUUCCGGUCACCAUGGCGCAAGGAUGGUUUUGGAAGGCAAACGUCCUUCUCAUCGAUUGCGCAAAUUGUUCGCCAAAGUUCGUUCGCUUAACAGACGUGCAAAAUUGUUCGAAACUGGAUUCUUGUCCACCGAUGGUAAAGGUUUGUCUGAAAGAUCUUUCUAUCAACAUUUGGGCGUUGCUCCUGGUCGUUAUCUAGGAUACGGCGCAACUACCUUCCCCGGUGUUACUGAAAGUAUCACUUUGGACGGAGGUAAGCAAACCGAAAAAGAAAUCGAACGUUUGAUUGAUGCUCUCAAGGUCGUUCGAAAGAAUCUCGAUCAUGGUGAUGGACACUGGAAACUCCCCAAAUUUUAA